AUGGCGGCGCCCAGCGGGAGGAGCGGCCGGCGCGCGUGGGCCGUGCUGGUGCCCGCAGCCCUGCUGUGCCUGGCGGCCCAGACGGCCGCGGAACCGGGCACGGCCCCGGGCACGGACCCGAGCACGGCCGAGUUCGACGUGCGGCCCGGCGGGGAGGUUCAUUCCUUCUCCCGGAGCCUGGGGGAUUACGGCUGCACCUUCACCUACUCGGCCCAGGGCGGCACGAACGAGCAAUGGCAGAUGAACAUCGGAGUGAGCGAGGACAGCGGGCUCUUCUCCUGCUCCAUCUGGAGGCCCCAAGGGAAGUCUUAUCUCUUCUUUACCCAGUUUAAAGCUGAAGUGAAAGGAGCCAAGAUAGAGUAUGCCAUGGCUUAUUCUCAGGCUGCUGUGGGUGCCCAGAGCGACAUCCCCUUAAAACAGGAAGAAUUUGAGAUCACUGACACAACAGUGUCUCACAGGGAAGGCAAGUUCCGUUUCGAGCUGUCCAAACUCGUGAUCGUAGCAAAAACCCCCCGUGACGAGCUGUGACCCCCAGGCCAGCCCUGGGCAGGGGGCUCUGCCUGACCAGCGUGGCAGUGAAGGAAUUUCCUGCUGACCUGCAGGCUUUUGCUUUUGGUUGGCCAAACCUUUUCUGUUUUCCAUACUGAAAUGUUCCGGGGACCGACGCGAGCGGGGUUUGGAGGUGAGGACGGAUUUGUUCCGCCGUGUGUCAGUGACACCGUGCUCUGCAGCUGAGAGCUGCCACUCCUCCCGUGCCCCUUCCUGCCUGGCUGAGCUGCUGAGCAGAGCUCCCUGGAAAGGGGCUCCUUAUCUGCCUGCCUGGGAAGAGCCUGCAGGGAGAUAAGUGCCUGGAUUUCAGUGAUUUUUCCCUUGCUAAAGGGAAGUUGUUAACUCUGUAGUCUCUGGAGGGGAGAUGGGAUUUGUCUCUCCACCAGCUUGACAGGAGGAAAUAAUUAAUUGAGAGGGAGGGAGGGAUUUGGCCAAAGCUCUGAUUCCAUGGCAAGUGUGUGGCUGGGGUGGAUCCAGAGCUGGGCUUGGGUGGGGGAAGGCAGAGCAGUUUAUUCUGACACAAUCAGGAAUCAAUCCAGGCAACACUUCCACAUCUCAGUACAGCCACGGGACUGUUUUAUACCUACAGAAAAGUGAUUUUUUUCUUAUCCAGAGUAAUAACAGGGAAUGUGCAAUUCCUUUCCUGAGUAAAUACAGCACAAAUAAAGAAAUAAAGCAUCGUG